UUGCUGAGGAGGGGGGCAGCGCACAGCAGACUCAGCCCGCGUGAGGCAGCUGUCUCCCUGGGUCCCCAGCCAUGCCCUGGCAUCUCUCCGCAGUGGUGAUGGUCUUCACGUCCCUGACUGUGAUUACGAAGUAUGGCAGUCCAAUAAGAGCAGUAGUCUUGACAGAUGUCACAGACGAGCCUCCACCUAUGACAGCAGCUACAGCACAGACCCCAGCAAAAUCUUCUAUCCUUCAAAUAACUAACCAAGUGCCUCAUAAAACUUUAGCAUCAAGAUUAAUGGAUAAUUACAUCACUUCUCAGCGAGCUGCCACCACCUCCAACUCUGAGAAUACAAGAAAAACUCAGGCAACAACUUUCCUGGCAACUACAAAAAUUACCCCAUCCACUAGUCCAAUAAUGCACACUCUAGUCACAAACCUGCCUACAUCCAACACCUCUUACCCGGCCGCUCAAGUCAAUGAAGCUACAAUCGGCCCCAACACCUCACAUACAACUGUCCUGGUCACGGAAGCUACAAUCAGCCCCAACACUUCACACACCACCUCACACACAGCUGCUUCAGUUACUGAAGCCACAGCUGGUCACAUUACCUCUCACACUGCUGCUUCAGUCACUAAUGUGACUAGAAUCAACUCCAGCACAAUUCCUGGUUCACGGUCACACACCGUCACCACACCAGAACACACAGCCAGAACUAGCCCAUCAAAUAUCAGCCACACAACAGAAACCACCCAGCCCAGUAACCAGACCACCCUCCCGGCAACUUUGUCCACUUCGUCACACAAUAGCACAAGUCAGGAGCCUACCCAGUCCAUCCACACCCUCGGACCAGCCACAGCUAUACACAAUGCCACCCAAACAGCCUCACCGACCACCAAAGCUCCUGGGCCCACACUUUCACCUCAGCCAUCAUCAGCCAAGACUGGGAUUUAUCAAGUUUUCAAUGGAAGCAGACUCUGUAUCAAAGCGGAGAUGGGAAUAGAGCUGAUAGUUCAAGACACAGCAUCGGUUUUUUCACCAAAGAGAUACUUCAACAUCGACCCUAAUGUAACCCACGCUUCUGGGAACUGUGGCUUCCGAAAAUCUGACCUUCUCUUGAAUUUCCAGGGUGGAUUUGUGAAUUUCACAUUUACCAAGGAUGAAAACUCAUAUUAUAUCAGUGAAGUGGGAGCCUAUUUGAUCGUCUCAAAUCCAGAGAAAACUUACAAAGGAAUGAAAAGUGCUGUGAUGAUGUUUGAGACUGUGGUCGGACAUUCCUUCAAGUGUGUGAGUGAACAGAGCAUCCAGCUGUCCGACCAGCUUCAACUGAAAACAAUGAAUGUCCAACUUCAAGCCUUUGACUUCGAAGGAGUCAGUUUUGGAAAUGUGGACGAGUGCUCGUCUGACUACACAAUUGUGCUUCCUGUGAUUGGGGCCAUCGUACUUGGUCUCUGCGCUGUGGGUUUGAUUGUCUAUGGAAUCCGCCUAAGGCGUGAAUCAUCUGGAUACCAGAGAAUCUAAUUGGUGCCAGGGGGGAAAAACAUAAUGCAGUUUUAGAGGAUUGUUUUACUGUUGUGGGUCUUUCUAAUGCUGUAAACCACUGGCAAAAUCCAGUCAUUUCUGAUUUAAGGUUAAGCAUUUAAGGUUAAAAAUUUCUAAAUUUUUUGUGUUGAUUUUGUAGAAGAUUUAGUGAGCUGUUUUAAGAGAAUUUUCUAGUUUCCUUCAAAAUAUUUUAGCUAGAUUGUGUAAACAUUUGAGAUAUUUUAAAUUAGCAUGAUGGAUGUUAAAUGGACUAUGCCUCCAAGUUAUA